AUGCGGAAGGAUAAAAUGGAAAUUUUAACAACUACUGGAAAGAUUGCAGAGAAAAGAGAUCAACAACGAACAAUAUUUGUGAAGACCUUGUGUCACUUGUUGAAUAUCACCACGUUUCAACUACUACAAAGUGUUAAAGAUCGGGUUUUUAGGAGAAAUAAAAACUCAAAAAAAGCCACUAAAACAGUUUUUAAUGGUUUUAGGCUGAAGUUGCCAAUUAUAUUAAUUCCCCGAAUCAUAAACCUCAACCAGAAGCAAGAGCGACAUGAGGCCAUACUCUUUUUUUACACAGGAAAAAUGAACAAAUAUAAAUAUAAUGACGGUCUUCCAUGUCAAAGUUCAAGUGCUAUAGUUCAAUUCCUAUACUAAAACUUUAUGGUCGGCAAUAUUCAGGACAAAAGUAUUAUAAAUUUCAACGAUUUGAAUGGGAAAAAAGGUAAAAACUGAAAUUAAAUUCUUAAAUUAAAAUUUUCAAAAUAAAAAGACGAAAAAAUUUAAUUAAUUAAAAGUUACUUGAAUAAAGAGUUAAAACGAUCAAGCUUACCUCAACCUGUAAUACUUAUCAACUAAAUAAUCAAUAAAUACAAUUAUUACACAUUAUGCAUAAUAAUGUAAUACAAGUAUAAUGUUCAAAAGAAGCCAGCUCAUCUGUGUCAGUGGAAAGAUUAACAUGCAGUACUAUAUACAUACAUGUAUGUGUGUGUGUGUGUGCGUUUGUGUGUGUUUGCGUACAUAUUGUAACAUAUCUAUUCAUUUAUAUACAUUGUUAAAUGUUCAAAUCUAUUAGCAAACUUAAGCAACGAUGCAAACUUUUAUUAAUUAAGAAAAAAAAUUAAAUGAUGAAAAAGAUGUUAUGAUAUUAUGACAGCGAGAUUGACCAAUAAACUGACAAUAAAAUAAAAAAAAUACAAAAAUAAAAUG